CUCUCUUGAGUUGGAAGUGAAAAUAGUGUUUUUUGUGAGUAUCCCACAUCCAAAAGAUCAAAAAUCCAAAAACCCCUCUCGCUAUCUCUCAAGAAAAUAUGCAGUGAACCCAUGGAGAGAGAGGGGGAGAGAGAAAACCCAAUUAGAUAAUAAACCCAACACCCAAAACGAUAAAGCAAUCGGAUCAAGAAACUGUGCACCCAUCUGUUUCCAUCAACUGUUCUGAAAUGCCAAAAUCUGCUCCCAAUUCUUUGCGAAAUUCGUCGCGGAACAUAUGUAUGUGGGUGGAAUAGUCACAGAAGUGUUUGUAGACACCAACGAUUAUUAGAAUUUGUGGUACUCAUCUGGCAUAACAUGGCCUCUGCCAGCUUAGGACAUGGGGGAGUUGGCAGUUCCAGAACCGCCAGUGGCUUUAAUGAAUCAUCUAGUGCAGUUGAUCGGCUGGGGAGAGGAAUACUUGAGAUGCGACUUAGGGACAAGGUGGAACGGGAUGAUGACAAAGUGACUGAUAGUGAACCAGAGAUAGUACACGGGGCGGGUACUGAAGCUGGACAUGUGAUAAGAACAACAAUUGGCGGUCGUAACGGUCAGUCUGAACAGACCGUUAGUUACAUAGCGGAGCAUGUGAUUGGAACUGGUUCUUUUGGUGUUGUAUUUCAAGCUAAAUGCAGGGAGACAGGAGAGAUUGUUGCUAUUAAGAAAGUUCUUCAAGACAAGCGUUACAAAAACAGGGAGCUACAGAUUAUGCAAAUGCUGGAUCAUCCUAACGUUGUGGCUCUGAAGCAUUCUUUCUUUUCGACCACUGAUAAAGAAGAGCUGUACCUCAAUCUCGUUCUUGAUUUUGUGCCCGAAACCGUUAGCCGUACUGCAAGACAUUACACUCGAGUGAAUCAGCGGAUGCCCUUGAUAUAUGUCAAGUUGUAUACCUAUCAGAUAUGCAGGGCGCUUGCUUAUAUUCAUAAUUGUAUCGGGAUAUGUCACCGUGACAUCAAACCACAGAAUUUACUUGUGAAUCCACACACACAUCAGCUGAAACUCUGUGACUUUGGAAGUGCUAAAGUGCUAGUGAAAGGAGAGCCAAAUGUUUCCUAUAUCUGUUCAAGAUAUUAUCGUGCUCCUGAGCUCAUAUUUGGUGCCACCGAAUACACAACAGCUAUAGAUAUAUGGUCAACAGGCUGUGUGAUGGCUGAAUUACUACUUGGACAGCCUCUGUUUCCUGGAGAAAGUGGUGUUGAUCAAUUGGUUGAGAUUAUCAAGGUUUUGGGAACGCCUACAAGAGAGGAGAUAAAGUGUAUGAAUCCAAACUACACCGAGUUUAGGUUUCCUCAAAUAAAGCCUCAUCCAUGGCACAAGGUAUUCCAGAAGCGCCUACCUCCUGAAGCAGUGGAUCUCGUUUGUAGGUUUUUCCAGUAUUCACCCAACUUACGAUGCACCGCUUUGGAAGCCUGUGUUCAUCCCUUCUUUGAUGAAUUGAGGGACCCUAAUACCCGUCUUCCCAAUGGUCGCCCCCUUCCUCCGCUUUUUAACUUUAAACCCCAAGAACUCGCGGGCGUUUCUAGAGAGACGGUUCACAGGCUUAUUCCCGAGCAUGCUCGAAAACAGAACUUAUUCAUGGCUUUAAACAUCCAGUGAAGCAAUUUCGACUGACGUCAUAUUUUCCUGCAUACUGUUUGCUUAUUACUACUUGUUUUUGUUUUCAGAGAUGAGCUUGUUAUGAUAUACGAGGCUGAGUUCAGUUGGGUAUUAAAAAGUUAGCCCGACUUUUAUCAUCGUAAUAUAUACAUAUACAUAUAUAUAUCAUAU